AUGAAUGAUACAAUGAAUGAAACGACUUCACCAGUACCGACGUCACUGCCAUCGAACGGUUCACCUGAAGAAGUCCAGAUCGGGCAGAUAGUGCUGAAGGUAAUCUAUGCCACGUUUGGUUCCCUGGGUAUUAUCGGCAACCUACUUGUUUGUGUGGUGUUCAUAAAAAUCAAAACCAUGCGGAAAACACAUACAAACGUAUUUAUCUUCAACCAGUCCUUGAUCGACUUGAGCAGCUCCAUUAUAUUUGUCACGUUGAAAUUCGGACCUGAAUACGACGUGAUUCCAGACAGUGUGUCUGGUGACUUGUACUGUAAAGUAUGGAGUUCAGAGUACAUACUCUGGGGAUUGUUCAUUGCCUCCACCUUCAACUUGUCGUUCUUAUCGCUUGAAAGGUAUCUGGCUAUUUGUCAUCCCGUACUGCAUCGGAACAAGGUAACGUUGACGAAAGUGAAAAUCAUUAUUAUAACCACUUGGUUCAUUGGUUUCAUACGUGAAUCGUACUGGCCAACGAUGAAUUUCAACGAAAACGGCGUGUGUAGUGUAAAAGAAUGGCCUAACACCGGUAUGCAGAUUCUUGUCGGGUGUAUUGCUUUCGCCACGGAAUAUAUCCUUCCUCUCGGCAUCAUGGCAUUUUCCUAUGGUAACAUAAUUAAAGAGUUGAGGCGUAGGACGAAGCCAAUCGAAGUCCAGCCUGCCACUGUCAGUGGACAACGUCUGGCACCGCCUAACCAGCCCGAAGCACAACAGCAAGAGAUGCGAUCAAAAAAUUCCCAAGAGAAUCAAACAACCGGUCAAUCUACAGCUUCAACACACAAACCUAAAGAGGAUUCUAUGGGAAGGGCGCGGAAGAAUGUUACAAAAACGAUGUUAAUCGUGUCUGUCACGUUUAUUAUAUGCUGGUCACCGAUGUCCAUUUCAUUCUUCGUUUACAACCUUGGUGGUCCCCUUGAUUACGAUGCAUUUUACUAUUGGAUUAUGGUUGUCAUGGUAUUUUUCAACAUGUGCAUCAACCCGUUUAUUUACGCAAUUAAAUACAAACAAUUCAGAGAUGGGGUCAGGACAGUGUUUCGCUGCAACAAAAAUAAAGUGUGGAAUAUAGAGGAAUCCACGCAGUCGACAACUGCCUAA